GAGUUAAGACCCGCCUGUCCACCCGUCCCACGCUGGCUCCUUAUAGGCUAUCAGAACUGUCCGUUUUGACAGGGUGCUGUGCGCAGGCGCGGAAGCGUACCGGGACUAGACCGAGUGCCGGCGUCGCGAAGCUACCCGUUCGUUUGGAGAUGGCAGAGGUGGAGGAGACACUGAAGCGACUUCAGAGCCAGAAAGGAGUACAGGGCAUCAUCGUGGUGAACACAGAAGGCAUUCCCAUCAAGAGCACCAUGGACAAUCCCACCACCACACAGUAUGCCAACCUUAUGCACAACUUCAUCUUGAAGGCCCGGAGCACCGUGCGUGAAAUCGACCCCCAGAAUGACCUCACUUUCCUUCGAAUUCGCUCCAAGAAAAAUGAAAUUAUGGUUGCACCAGAUAAAGACUAUUUCCUGAUUGUGAUUCAGAAUCCAACUGAAUAAGCCACUCUCUUGGCUCCCUGCGUCAUUCCUUAAUUUAAUAGCCCCCAAGAAUAAUAAUGUUAAUCAUGUCAACCAGCUGGCAGGUGGAAAUCACCUUAGAGCCUACUUAGACCAACCCAGUGACCAAAGUCAUCAAAGUCAUCCCUCUGCUGGCCAAUCACCCUUGAAUUCUUGGGAGGGCCUUUUUUCCUCACCUCCAGAUUUUGGAGCAAGUGCUUUGAGCAGCCCACACCCUGCUUCCUUCUGACCUUCAGUUCAUUUUGUCACCCUUGGAAAAGGCUGUUUUUCUUUAACUAAAAAUAACUGAAAUGCUUACCCUGCUGUGUGUCUUUAAACACUAGGUUGAAGAGGCCUCUCUGCCUCCCUCUCUUCCUGUGUAAUCAUGUGGUCUAAAGGCUGAGCCCCAAUGCUGCCUCCAGCCCCCACGGCAGAUUGGAUUUGUGGUUCAGAGAGGCCCGCUUUCCACUGCACCUGUGGCCACACUUGCUGAGUGGAUUUUGGUUUAUAAUUGGUACCCUGGUUUCUGGGCCUUUCGUCCCUAGCCACCCUUCUUAUCAUUUCCCGCUCCCACCAAUGUUUUAAAAGAUUUUUUUUCUCUACACUGCAUUGGGGAUAGGAAAGGAGUGAUAUUUGUUGAGUACCCAGAAUACACCAGGUGUGUUAUAUACCUUGACUCAUAUCAUCCUCACAGUACCCUGAAGACAGUGU